AUGGAGGCCACUGCGCCCGCCCCGCCGCGUUUCACCGUCGCCGACCUCCUCCGGCUCCGCCGCCCCACCACCGGCGCCUCCUCCCUCAUUUGCCCCUCCGUCCCCACCUCCAGCUCCAGCUCCAGCUCCACCUCCCGGCCCCGUAAAAGGCACAAGCUCUCCGCCCCAGCCCCAACCUGGAGCACCGGCACGGUCCCCUUCGCCCCACUAUCCCACCCUGUGCUCCUCUCCGGCACGCUCUCCCUCCCCUCCGCGUCCUCCCCGGCCUCCUGCCGCAGCAACUGCUUCUCCUUCUCCGACCCAUCCCCCACCGCUGCCGCCUCCCCGGCCUCCGCGGCGGCUGCCUCCGUCUGCUGCUGGAUCCUCGACUUCGACCCCGCCGCGCUGGGCCGCGAGAUCCUCGUUCUCGCGUGGAACUACCUCCCCUCAGUGCGCCUCCACGCCGCCCCGGGCGUGCUGGAAGUGGUCCGCUGGCGCCUCGCGGAGGAGGAGGAGCAAGCUCCUGCCCCGAAAUGUAACUUCCUGGCGACGGUCCCGUUCCAUUUCCCCGACCAAGAGCCCGACCUGGCCACCCGCGGCUGCGCAUUUGGUUUGGUCAGGUCCGUCAGCGUGGUGCUCAGUAUGCCGCUCGCCAAGGCUGAUGCAGGAAGCAGAGAUUCAGUCGGGUUUCUGGCGGAGAUUUUGUGUUGUGGGUGUCGCCGCUGCUGCAGGGCGACACCGCCGGAAGAUGCCCAGAGUCACAAGUUUGAGACGAUGAAAUUUGUCUACUUUGUGGAUGCGGCGAGCAUGUGGCGGCCGGUUCUAGUGUGGCUUGUGGGGAGGCUGGUGUAUGUUUCCGGGUUAAAGAAAAAAAUGGUUUCUGUUGGGGACAAAGCCUCACACACGACGUUGGUGUCAUCUGCAAAGACAGCCAUAGCAUGGUGCCCAUCCUAUAGGGGCAGUCUGCCAUUGGAUAGCUUCCCUGAGAAGUGCGGUGGGGACUAUGCUGGGGUUAUCACUGGAAUUUAUUCGCAAGGUCUGGUGGUCGAGCUCGAUAACACUGCAUGGCUGCUGAUUGAUGAUCAGCAGCUUCCACCACCACAUUCCCUUCGAGUUGGUGCCAUUGUCUCUGUAAAGAACUUUCGGGCAACAUGUCUGAAUUUUGCUUGGACACGGAUUGUUCUGCUUGCAACUUGCUGUAAAACCUGCAUUACUGUAAAUUAUUUCUCCUCGGUGGACUCCAAAAGUCAUUUGAAGACAGAGAACAAGGGCCUCUUGGGAACAUUUGUUGACUCAUUGGAGAUGCCUGCUCGAUUUUGGAUGUUACUCCUGAUAUCAUGCUUUAAACAGAAGUUCACUAAAUUAUUUUCUGAUAAAGAGAUUUUGGGCUCACAAAAUAAGCAAGGAGUGGUUCAUGCCUAUGCUACUAAAAUUCUCCUGUCAAAGUGCCAACCUCAGGAAAGUUUAAUAAUGAAGUUCUGUAGACAUAAUUGUGGUAGCUUAAGCCUUGGAUCUAAAUUGGAGGGUUUCAAAUUGGCCAUACCAUUCUCUAAUCUAGUCUUCAAGGGUGAAUCAUUGUGGAUAUCAUCGAUGUUUAAAUUAUGGAAUGGUUCUGAAGAAGUGGGCAAGAGCCAGGGUUUCUUAUGCGAUGGUUUUUCCUAUACCAGCAGUACCAAAAGAUUAAUUUCGAGUGAAGAUCUGGAUUUUGUUUUAGUGGGAAGCAUCAAGACUUCUCCACUGUCAGGGAGACUGCAGUUGGUUGAUUCCACUGGAUGUAUAGAUAUUUUUAUACCUGAUCUUCCACCGAAUCAGAGCUUGUAUGGCAUCUAUGAGAUCGUCGAUUACAAACUAGCCCUUGAAGGCCCAGUGGCUUACGUAGAUCAUUAUGAUGUUGCUGAUCCCCUGUCCUGUAAAGCUGUGUUUCAGAAGCUUCCUUACAAAAAAAGAUUACAGCACCUCAAUAUUUAUGUUAUAGUUCAGUGGAGGGAAUUAAUUCAUAUUGGCCCUUCCUUGAGUAUUCCUUCUUAUAUUAAUUAUAGGACCAGGUUGUUUCACCUGCUGAAAUUGUCCCACAUAUUUCCUGUGAACAGCAACAUUCAAUGUCAAAGCAUGUCAGGGUCCCUGUAUGCUGAAGCUGUAAUACUUCCAUAUGUUUUGAAGUUUAUUGGGCAAGGUGAAUUUCUUGAGGAUGCUGAGGGCUUUAUAAUGUCACACUCUACUUUAGUAGGUAAUUCUGGAGCCUCUAUGGCAAAAUCAUGUAAUAUUCCAUGUUCGCUAAGCUUUGGUAGCACCAAUCUUUGUGGUACUCUGGUGUCUACCGGUUCCUCUGGAUCAGAAGGUACUGUUCUAAAAGAAACAAGGAUUUUGUUGGAGUUCAAGGCAGGAAGUUUUAUGAAAUAUCAGGUAUAUAUCCGUGGAUACUCAAAUAAACAUUCUACUGUUGGCAUAGGACCAGGGGCAACAGUGACAUUCCAUCGUGUCCGUUUGAAACAGCAUGGAUUAUUGUUAACCUCCGAGACAUACAUUGAGGUUAGCUCCAUCAGCCAUGCUAACUUUCCUGAACAAAGUGUUAUUUCGUCACCAAAGUCUAACUGGUUAAAAGAUGAUUCACUUAGCACAGCUUCACCGUGCUUGUUCUUUCAUCAGAAGUAUUUUACAGACAGUAGACCCAUGCAAUUUCACUGCAGGGUAGCAACUGUCCUUGUGCUGGUAUUGAACAAAUCGACUAAUCAUGGUGAAACUCCAAACGUAAGAGUCCAGCUAGCUGGUUUUAUCCUUGAUGAUGGAUCAUCCCUGUGCUGUGGCUGGGCUGAUGAUGCUAGGGCAGAAUUAUUGCUUAGACUGCAGGAAAUUGCACAUCUGGAUGCUUCUGUUAAUUUAAAGCUUUCAAAAGGAGGAAACAGCACAAAUUUACAAUACACUAUUGGAUGCUGCCUUGAAAAAAUGUUGAAGAAGCACACAAGCGUUACCGUAAAGAACUGUGGAAUUCCUCCUGAUUUCUCUUGCCGAGAUUUGGAUGCAUCUUCUGUUUCGGACAAAGUCUUAAGUCGCUUGGAAGACAAACUUCUGAAAUUUAUUGUCCUUAGUGCUUGUUGGAAGGGAUCUCUGAAUGUUUUCACAUCAGCUCUAGACCCAGAUGAUAUAAAUGGGUUUAAUGUGGAGCUCCCUGUUCCAAUACAGAACAUGCGGAUGCUUUGGAUAGAAGAAGUUUUCCCAGUAGAUCCUUUGGAAGAAGCUCGCAGACUUUGUGAUAUUUUGUGA